CUGUGUUAAAAAAAAAAUGUACGAUGCUCUAUGCUCUUGGACUGGGUCGAGUUGCUAGCAGUCGCUUCGAAUAUCUAAAAUGGCUGACACUAAAAUCAAGUCUGGAGAUGUAGAAAACCCCGAGAACCUACAAGAUCUCACUGGAUUUGUCCAAACUUUGCUGACACAGAUGCAAGAUAAAUUCCAAAACAUGUCGGACCAGAUCAUAACAAGAAUUGAUGAAAUGAGCAACCGAAUUGAUGACCUUGAGAAAAACAUUGGCGAGUUGAUGAACCAGGCUGGAGUGGAUGAGCCAGAGAAGUGACAUGCCCUGUGGAAGAUAUAGCAGUUUGUCUGGACUACCUGUGGUGUAUAUAGUAGCAUGCUAUGACUUCCUUAUACUUGUAAUAUACAAAAAGUAAAUGCAGAUUUUAAAUAGAUGCAACAGGUAUAACAAUAUGAUUAUAAGAAAAUCCCCGUUUAUACCAACUAAGCACAGAAUAAGAACUGUUAGCCUAUUAUAUUUUUGUAUUUACCAACUCUCCUAGGCUUUACUUAUUGUAUAACAACUUUACAUUAAAGCGACAUGUUCAACAAAA